GUCCCGUUCCCCCAUAUCGCGAUCAUGCGCGUAAUGACAAACAAGAAAUAAAUAUCGUUUCUACCAACGACUGGGAUCGUAGGUAAAACUACGAUUUUUCGGAAAUGCUCGUUAAUUAAAGCACACCGCAAACAUGUGAAACGCUUUCAAAUGUUUGGUACAAAAUAUACAGUUUAUCACUUUAACGGGUUGAUUACAUUCCUAUGUCUCGGUUAUGUAAUGCCAUUGGGUAACAAUACGCGGACAAGAAAAGUAUCAUUCGACGUGAAAGGUAAAUCAACCAUUCGAACGAGUGUUCCAGAGGAAAACCAGUUUCUGACAAUAGCAGCAGCUUUGCCAAUUUUGCCAGGUGCACCAGUACCUCCAAAGCUAUCCAAGCAUUCCUACAAUUCAUUCAGCUCCACGGGAACUCAAUUUGAAAUCGGACAUGCAGAGGCUGGGAUAUGCGACGUGGUCACAUUGCAAUGGACAGGAGAAACGAGGACAGUCGUGGCAUCGAGAACUCCCGCCGAACGGGAGAGGAACCCUGACAGAAUAUGUCUCGACAGACGGGGUCUGACAACGUUUCCCAAUGUGAUUGGAGAGCCCAGGUUGAGAUUAAUGUCUCUUCAGCACAAUCUUCUAACUAAGAUCGAGAGCUUCAACUUCUCUCAUUUAACAAAACUAGUAUUUCUUGACUUAUAUGAUAAUCAAAUAGAAAAAAUAUGCGAUCUCGAUCUUUUGGAGAAUUUAAGAGUACUAUUGAUAGGGAAGAACAGAAUAAAAAAGAUUGAGGGUUUGAAGCAGCUUUCAAAGUUGGAAGUUUUGGACUUGCACGGUAACCAGAUUCAGCAGAUUACUGGCUUGGAAGAUCUGUCAUCGUUAAAAGUACUCAAUUUAGCUGGGAAUAGUAUUAAGACUAUAGGCUGCAGUGAUUUUCAAGGCUUGACAUCGCUAAAAGAACUCAAUCUACGUCGAAAUAAACUGAAAAAGUUGUUAGGAUUUGGUGAAACGCCACAGUUGCAAAAAUUGUAUUUGAGCAACAAUGACAUUCAUAAAAUCGAAGAUAUGGGUAGCCUCGCGAAAGCCUUGCAAAUUAAAGAAAUCACAAUAGAUGGUAAUCCAGUGACUUUAAAUGCCGACUAUAUCUCGUUUCUCGUGUCAUAUCUGCCAAAUCUUCAACUGUUAUCAACAAUGCAGAUUAGCGAACAGAUUCGGAGAACAGCAAUGGCUUGGAGAUUUUCGAAGGAACAGUCUAAUUCGGCGUUCCUUGAUCUUAGUACGCAAGUUUGCAUGAACGUACGUAGGGAAGAAGUAAUAUCGAAUGCCAAGAUAAAUUGGGAACUUCUUAGAUCUAGAAGUAAAAUCUCUGUUAACAAUUCUAAUAAAACGGCGAGCAACAACAAAGGCAACAAUAUCAAUAUGCUACAUAUACAAAACCCAAAUAAAUUUAAUACUAUGAAACCAAAGAGUUUAGAUAAGACUAAAGCAAAAGGCUUUGGCAGCUUAACAUCUAUCAACGAAAACGUGGAGGCAAGGAAGAUACAUAUAAAAAAGAGAAGCAGCUCUAGCGACAAUUUAUUCAAACUGGAAGAUACAUCUAGAUCGUAUCCUUUGGAAUUCAAACUUCCACCUAUAUUAGGUUCAAUAGUAGAUAGUUUAACGAGCGACAAAUUCGAGGAGAGAUUAUCUAAAGAUAGUAAAGGAAAUGUAGGUAAAAUCAGAAUGCUUAGCGACGUCGAAAAUACGUCGGAUAGCGAUUUAGACAGCUCGGAGAGUCACGAAAGCUUGAAGAGCGGUUUAAGGUAUCAUCUGUUUCCUCCCAACAAUUGUGGCUCGUCCGUAGAUUACGACAAGUCUAUUUGUAAGAAGCUCAUCACAGCCAAAGAUAUAUCUCCGGUUGGAACGGAUAAUUUGCACGAUCAAGAUAACGGAAAACAAGAACAAGAUAAAACGGGUCUCUCCACAACUCGGAAACCAUUAAAAUACUGCGAUACAGUAAUGAGUGAGAACACAAGCCUAAACAGUAGAUUGCUUCAGAAUAUGAAAGUAUUUUAUAAUCAAGAUGGACAGAGCGAUUGUCAGUCAAAAUCAACCGUGAGCUCCUCCGGAUAUUGCUCUUUAAGUUCAAAAGCCAGUAGUUUAGAUAGUUGUAAAUCAUUGUUAAGCGAUUCUAGCACCUCGUCAAUUCCUAAAAAUAUAGUAGCUCACAAGUCUCACGAUUGUGACAAAGAGAAAAGUAGAAUUAAGAGCGCUCAAGUGAAGAAAGUAGUAUACUACAAGAGCAAUAGAGCCGCAACAGCCAGAGCGAAAUUCAAGGCCCUUGCUCCGCCAAAUCCGCCAACUCCACAACAAGCAGCGCCUAAGGAAAGAGAGCAGGGCGGGGAUUAUCUGAUUGAAAUUGUUGGUCGAUGUUUGAACAUAUAUGGCCAAGGUGCUUUGCGUUUUAUAGACAAAACCUGGGACGUAUCGAAGGCCGAAGAUGUUAAUGUCGUAAAAUUUAAUUAUGUGCAAUUUAACGACGUGGCGAGGGUUCUGAGCAAACUGAAAAACAGAUUCCCUCACGCGGAACAUUUCGUAUUCAAAGAAACCAACAUCAGUCUCCUCGGUCAACUGAAUGCUUUAGCUGAAGUACAGGGAUUAACCAGUAUACAGAUAGACGCAGGGAAUCCUAUCGUGUCUAAAGAUUGGAAAAUGUAUGCUAUAUUUCGAUUAGCUCACUGGGGACUUACGAUUAUCAAUGGCAAGGAGAUUACAGCUGAAGAGAUUGAACUCGCGAACCAAGAAUACGAAGGUCUCAUAGAUAUAGUAACAUGUUCACUGCCAGAUUCUUUAUUGCAACCUCUGUUACAAAGACUUCAUUUAGAAAAAGUGCAAAGACAAAGUGGAGAGCAACUUACUGCCAAACAAUUUUUAUUCAACUGCGACUUGGCACUUAGAAGCGUCGUUGCCAAGGAAGCAUUACAAUGGAGAAAGGGAAACGUGACACAGGAGGAUCUUAUUUGGAGACACAAAGGGAAAGUACACUUGCUAAAUUUAAUCAGUCUCACUGUAAACGCCAUACAGAAGUUACAGAUUCUAGAGAAGCAGUGGCCAUGCGUUCUGUACGAAAUCAUUUUUAACACUUUGUCGGAUUUUUCCGAAAUGGAUGUGUAUAUGAAACGUUGCAGCAAAACUCUCGAGAACGACAAUUCGCACGAUCACAUGGAAGCGCAGCAAUGCUUCGUCAGACGCACAGAGGAGGAGGCUGACACACGCCCACGCAUGAGACGCGCGAAACAAAGCGGAUGAACUUCCCGUUUGUUACAUUCUCAGUACUGUUACCUGUUUUUCGCUGAUGCGAUACGGCAUGAAUAUUUUCCACUUAAAUUUUCAUCAUAAGACAACCGGCACGACUGAAAUAUCGCAUAUCGAAGUGCAGAUGUGAUAUUCUUUCAGAGAGAUAAUAUAUCGGAUGUACGCGCAGGAUGUUAACCAGGUGGUCGUCGGGAAAGAGACUCCAGUGGGAAGUCCACGGUGCCACUCAUACGUUAAGAAAACAUACUCGAAACUAAUAUUAACUGUGUGUUGGCAACAUCCGAGAGGAUCGUAUUAACGAGCUCUUAGAGCAAGAUCACAGAAAGAAUGCCAUAUGGUUGCAGCUGCCGGCGCAUAACGUUGUUAGUAGAGCGAGAUUGUCUGUCUUCUAUUUUUGCGGUGCACAACACGACGCGUGUACAGAAGGCACGAAAGAGAUCGCGCUAUCGUAUCGGCCGCAAGACUCACGGCUAAUUGUCGUUCUCGGUGAUAUUAACGAUUCUCUCUCUUCCUUCAACAGAAUCUUAACCCUUUAAGUCUGGUUUUUAUUUUAUUUUAAAACUUUGGAGUUAUAUUAAUAGAAAGAGAGGUGUCAAUAGCAUCUUAAAGUUUGAUUUGGAACGUGUCUCCGAUAGAAAAGAAAUUGAAAAAUUUUAUUAUGAAUAAUUAGAAAAUUUAUGAGAAAAUAAAAACGAUUUUUUUCAAGUAAACUCUCACUAAACAGCUUCAAAACGCUCCAUUAAACGACGUGGACAGUAUCAAAGAUUUCAUAAAAUUACAUAUAAGAAAAAUUUAUGUAAGUAAAUCGUGUUUUUGAAUAAGAAAUGAUAAAAUUACAUAGAAAGGCAUCCAAAUAAAUACUUAAAUGUUUAGUAUAAUAUUUAAAAAUAAGUU